AUGGCAAACAUCUCACUUUAUCAACCACUUAACCCAACCCGAGAAAAAUUUCGAUUUCUUCGCAUACAUCCCACCAACAUCCCGGAAAGCAUCAUCUCGUGCCAGCUCUUCACUACUAGUCUUGCCGAACAACCAUCGUACAAGGCUCUAUCAUAUGAAUGGGGCCGAAAGGACAUCACCAAAUACAUUAUAGUCAAUGGUAUCAGAGUCCAGGUUACCCACAAUCUCGAAGCUGCACUACGGCGCAUCCGUAAGUCCGACUCAGAAGUUAUUCUCUGGGUCGAUGCAGUGUGCAUCAACCAGCAAGAUCUCGAUGAAAGGAAUUCACAGGUGGCCAUGAUGAGCAAACUGUAUUCCAAGACCACACUGACUUACGCAUGGCUGGGUGAAGAUGACGAUGGUAGCGCGCAACGUGUAUUUUCCCUCAUCUGCAGUUUCGUGGGUGAUUUCACCAAGCGUGUUGAGGACAUUGACCAUUUCGCCAUCAAAUUUGCCAAAGAUUAUAUUGCCCAAAAUCUUCGGGACGGUAAAUCAACAUUGGGCAUGUCUGAUGUCCAAGACAUAGGACUGGUGUUUUCUAGAUCAUACUGGUAUAGAACUUGGGUUCAGCAAGAGCUCGUUCUUCCACCCAAAGUAACAAUGAUUUCCGGCUCCGUGUCUAUAUCAUUCAAUAUGAUCAUGGUUUUCCGAGACAUCAUCGAUUACUGGAUUGGUGUGCAUGCCCAUGGAGGAUGGAAAACAAGAAUCUUCCCCACAACUUCUCUUCAGUUGCUACGGACCUCUGGGUGCGUAGUAGACACCGUUCAGUCAGUCUUCCAAUUCUCGAUUCCUCAACAGGUGACAGAAGUUUUAUUCGAUUUCACUGUAUCCAACAUCACCAUGUCUCAUCCAACGGGGGCUACCUUCCUUCAAGCAAUUUGCUGUAAUAUCCUCGGAUAUCACUCCGUCGACGAAUUUCAACACCGACUUUCAAUAUAUGGCAUCCGUACGUUCUUGCACUGGCUACUAGACUGUGGGAAGGAAAACCCCUUGUUGCAUGGACGAUUCCUCACUUUUGUCGAACAGAACAAUCUCAUGGCCGUAUUUGAAACUAUUACAGACGAAAUCUCAAUGAGCUUGCGAUUCGCGGCAGUUACCGGAGCCAUCGAUCAUCUGGUUGAGCCAUACAAGGACGCUAAAGACCAUAGCGCUUUCCUUGCAAUGACCCCGCAACAACGUAUGACGCCUUUUUGGGGGUCUGAAUCAUACCCCGACGCUUUCCAAGCAGAUAUAGAUUGGCAAAUUCCUUCAGAACGCGUCAGCCUUGAAACUGUGAGGCGAAGAAUCAUGGAUUGGGUGGACAGAAAAAGCUUAAUAGUCACAGAGAAGGGCUAUAUGGGCUUUGCAACCCGUGGUGUUUUGGUAGGGGACGAUGUUUGUAUUGUCGCAGGAUGUCCAUAUCCUACUAUCAUACGCCCGUCAGGUAGCCGUCAUCAAGUCGUUGGCGGUGGCUUCAUUUUCGGAUUGAUGGACGGCGAGUUAUUCAGAGAUGGGCACUUGACGGAGGACAGUCAGCAGACCUUUGAGUUUGUUUGA